GAAGGAGGCAAGGUGGUUCUCCAUCAUCUUCACGUCUGCGUUUCACUUUCUCCUUAUCUCGUCGAAGGAGAGAGAGAGAGAUACCCUUUUGGAUCAAAAAGCUUUGGUUGUGGAUCGAAAUGGAUCAGAUAUUGAACAAAGUCGGAACCUAUUGGUUCAACCAGAAAGCCUCCAAGGAGCUCAAUUCCGUUGGUGACGACAUCAAUUCGCUAUCAAGCAGUAUUGAAGGGGGAACCAAAUGGUUGGUCAACAAAAUAAAAGGAAAGAUGCAAAAGCCACUACCAGAGUUACUAAAGGAGUAUGAUCUACCAAUUGGAAUCUUUCCUCGUGAUGCAACAAACUAUGAAUUCAAUGAAGAGACAGGAAAGCUUGUUGUGUACAUUCCUCAAGUUUGUGAAGUAGGCUACAAGGAUUCAUCAGUCCUGCGGUUCUUCACCACCGUGACUGGUUAUCUGGAGAAAGGAAAGCUAGCAGACAUUGAGGGAAUGAAGACAAAGGUGUUGAUCUGGGUAAAAGUGACGUGCAUUUCAUCGGAGGGAUCAAAGCUCCAAGUGACAGCUGGCAUGAAGAAAACAAGGAGUAGGGAAGCAUAUGAGGUUACAAGAGAUGGUGUAUGCGUAGAUAAGUUCUAAAACCUUCACAUCAUGUUUGUUAAUAGCUUUACAAUAUGUAAAACCCUUUGUCUGUUCUUGUGGACCAUUUUACUCUCCUUUUGCAUGAUUGUUUACUGUAAGUAGUGUUCAAAUAUGUUCUUCAAAUAUUCCCCUUGGACUUAAAUGUUGCAAUUUGGUGAAAGUGAAGCCUUUGG